CUCAGCCCAGUCACAUUGGAGUAGUGUUUUCACUGCGACGAGUCAGUGUGGUUGUGUUGCUGUAGGCGUCCUGGUGACUUGAUCAGUUUGCAUUUGUUUGCCAGUGAUUUGUUUAUCAACUUAACCAGUGAGAGGAAAGAAAAUUUAUUAACAGUUUACUUUAAAAAAUAGAAAACAAAAAAAUGGUGGCGCAAAGCUUAUAUGUAAACACUGUGGCUCCUGCUGAUGGAGCGUUGGCUGCUGGAAGCCAGACUCGCAGAAGGAAGCCGGGGUGCUUAUUACAACCAUCAUCAACAGGCCAGCUGUUGGAGGGUAACCCUGCUUCUCCUGUUGAUGCUGCCGUGGGUGCCGGAACGCAGCUGGUUACCAAAUGCCAGAAUUACAGGACAAGCCAGGGAUGCUUCUCACAGCUGUCAUCACCACCCAAACUAUCUCAGGACAAUGAAAAUCCAGUACAAACCGAAGUGGAGAAUACUUCUUGUGGUUCAACAAUCUCUAGCGCUGAACAACCAUCAAGUGUGAAAAGUGAUUCCUUUGGAAAUUAUUGUGAUGAUGAUAGUGAUGGAGAACUUGUCAUUAUUGAUGAUAAUGAUAAAUAUAUUAGCCUUGAUAAACCAGCUGGUGAUGAAGAUACAACAAGUGGUAGUUCAACAUCUGACAAAAUUGAAAUGCCAACUGUUAUUCAGGAAGAGGAGCAGAGUGAAGAUCACGUUACGUCUCCUAGGAAUGGCAGUCGUAAUGAGACCCAGCAGAAGAUGGAGCAUGGCAAACUGUGGCUUUCCCGGAGUCUGAUAUUUAUAAACACCACCCUGAGUGUAGUGGCACUGAGCUCAAUUGAAGAAGCUUAUCAAAAACACUGCAAAGAGACUGGGAAGGAAGCGCUGACGACCCCAGUACUUGCACGACUUAUACAUAGUCUAUUUUCAGAUGCCAUCAAAUGCCGUCUUGGGCCACGUGGGAAUCAGAAGAUUCAUUAUCGCAAAUUACAGUUGAAACAGACGACUGUGUCAUUUUCGCAGUCUACAAUUAAUACUUCUGAAAAUAGUACUGCCAGUGUUAACUCUGUGAAUGACUCUGUGGAUCCAACAAGUGAUGAAAUAUUUAAUAUCUACAAGCAAGAAGAGAGGCAGCCCGAAGAUUCUGGUAAACAAGAACAUAAGAAUAUAAAGGAUAAAGAAAGUGUUGAUGAACCAGAAGUCAGAACAAACCAUGUUGCUGUUACAGAGAAAGAUGAAAAAAAAGAGGAGAAAACAGGAAUUUCUGAAACACCAUCUAGAGAAAACCAAAUGUCUCAGAUUUCAAUGGAUGAUAAGGAAGGCUGUGAAAUUGCUGCCGAAAGGCUGUCAAAGGUCUUAAAGUGGAUUUCCAACCAAGGUCGAAAGGAUGUUUUACUGCAGGUAUUUGCCCACAGUGCAUCAUGUCAGUUACCAUCCUGCACACCCGUGUGCCUGAUGUUCCGUCGUGUUCGUCGUCACGUUGUAGCCGCUCGUCACUCGUGUUCUGUGCUGCGCGUAUAUUCGACGCUUUUGCGUAUGCAUGUAUCAUCGUGCAAAAGUUCUGACUGUGGCCUACCUGCUUGUCCUGCAUUACGAGCAACAAAACCCGUCAAGCGUUCUAUUGAACAGCAAGAGAACCCGUCAAAGCGGCCUGCUGUAAGCUCCGGUGGUGUAAGAUUUCCAUCAACACUGGCAUUGGCUCCAAGAUCCCCACCAUCAUCACUACCAGGUUCACCUGUGAACUCACCCCCAUUAAGUCCUGAGGUCCUCUCACAGGGGGGAGAGCCACACUGGCAAACACACACACCUGUUCAAUAUGUGAUUGUGCCUGUCAUGCCAGUUAUUAUGCCUCUCCCAGAGAAUCGUGGAGCUUGAUUCUACAGACUCGUGUCUAUCGUGAGGAGACUAAUGAUCAGUUUUUUUUUCACACCAUUCUUUUAUAUAUUUUUUAUUCAUGAUACACAGUCCAGUAUACUGUAUGUAUUAUUAUUUUUAUUUUUUUAUUUUUUAUUUCAAAGAUGAUUACAACAUUAUUUUUUUUUUUGCAAAGAGAAUUCUCAUCUUGGUAAACAAAGAAAUUUUGAUAGAAUUUGUGAUUUGAAUGUCAAAAUCAAAUAUGAAACUGAUUUAAGAUAGUUUUUAAUUUAUCAUCUU